GUGGCACAAGUCGCAAAGCGCCGCAGUUGCCACAAGCGUGCACCACGCGUGUCUGCAGCACAGCAGUCGACGCAGCCGCUCAUCAAGAACGACCUCUGAAGAGCUGCGCCCUCACGUAGACGCAGACCAAGCAGACAGCCGCCUCGCUGCCAGCUCGUCAGCCAGCCGCACAGAUCAAAAAUGGACGUCAAAGAGGGCGCAGGCACCGCGGUCCAGGACUCUAUUGUCAACGCCGCAAAGAAGUACCUCGGCGAACUCCCAGCGGCUUCAUUACUAGACACAUCGUCGGUCGACGCCAUAAACCCCUUCACUAGAUCGGGCCUAACUCCAGAACAGCUCCGGGACUUCUUCGCGGCAGCAGCCAAGGCCGGGAGAAAAACGACGCCGACGACGGAGUCGGGGAACGUCUAUGCAGUUAGCAAAGCUUUCCACGCAUUAAAUGGCCCGCUUGUCGUCGACGAGUACUUAAACAAACUGCGUUCACUAGAUGCGUCUGAUUUGCAACGAGCUAGGGCCUUCGUCGAGGCCGUGGCCUUGGAUGCCGAGUUGAGGAAUAGGAACCCGCUGCAUCCCUCGGCGACGGACGCGUUGGUCAUCGGAACACUACUCGACUUCCCGAAGCAGCUGUUCGGCUUCCCGUACGCCUGCUACGCCACCGACGGGCGGGAGAGUUUAUCGUUGUGUCUCUACGCGUACCGGUUGAGGACUGGUUCUAGAAGGAUCGUCGGCGACGCGAGCGACGAGACGCUCAAAGGCGUCGCAUCGAGGCUGGGCAUGACGGUCUGUAGUGAUUUAGAUGGAGCGGCCUGCGUCGUCGCCACCUUAUCAGAUCUGUCGUUAUGUGAAGAAGCAUCGAGGCGAGGCGUGCCGGUCCACGUGCGCUGCACCGACUCUGAAUUGCGACAACUCCUAACCAAACCUCUAUGCCACGUCCGCUUCCCAUGCAAUGUGAGUUCUUUAUCAAUAGACGACGGCGUCUUCACGUGCGGCUAUUCGCUGUACCGAGACUUGACGCUGCGAGACGCGCACAUGGACGUGGCGCUGCGGUGGCAGGCGGCCUACCUGUCGCCGAACGAAGGGGGCUCCGGCGCGAGCGCGCCCUUAUUCUUGGAUUUCUGCACGGCGUGCUUGGGGCGAGACGCGUUAGCAGUGUUAGCGUCACAAGAACCGUAUGAAGACCCAGAGCCAUGUUGGGAUCCUACGACGGUACAAGCUUCCCGAAAACUCCCUCCCGUCAAAGACCCGUUGACCUGGGCGCGGCGACAACUCGCUAGCACAAAAUCUAGAAAAGACUUCGAGGGCGACCUUGUCGCGUUCCAGCGCCACUUCCUCGGCGGCUUGCAGAAAGAUGUCGAGGCCGUGUCGACGGGAGGAGGUACGCGCUCGAUAAACGUCGCCUUCGAGACGGUACUACGGAGUUUACCAGAGGGCUUCGGCCGCCCUCGCGUCCUCACGGGAAACCCCCAUCUAGCUGUGGAAAGAGCUGAGAGACGCUUCGGCUUCGCUUUGACGCGAUUGGAGGUUGAUGGUGCCAUUGAUUUAUCAAAACUCGCACGAGAACUACAUGCACCAGAUGUGAUCGCCGUCUACGCGCAGUCUUUGUCUUACACUGAUGGCAUCUCCGACGACGUGCCGCGCGUCCUGGAUCUGCUGGAAGCGGUGAAUGCGACGCGCGUCAAGAAUGGUGAUGUUGCCGUCGCGCUCAUCAACGACUGCUGCCUCGCGUUUUCCGUGUUGGUGCAUCAGCCCGCGUACCGCUUGCUCGAUCGGACCACGACGCAUACUCCAGUGUUGAUGACGUUGGAUGCGCACAAACACCUAGGCGCGGACAAGGGUCUGUCAACGGUUGUGGGGACGAAGGGUUCCUUACGAGCGUUGCGGGGUGCUUUACGGGUCGGCGCUCGACCGACGCGCGCCGCUUUGGUCAGAGCUCUGGCGAACGUCGCGUCGGUGACCGCGUCUGGAUACGACACCAUCUAUCGUAAUUUAGCGUCGAGAGUGAAGGUCGUUGAGGAGACCUGCUCUUCCCUUAGUUUGGAGGUGGUCCACGCUUGUCACAGAAAAGAGGGCUCGACCGUCUUGGCGGUCCACGACCCCGCGUGUCGAACGCAGAAAUUACUUUCAAAAAGGAACCACAAGGCCACGUUCCUGUACAACCUGCACCCCUUGGAUCGAACGAGGUGCCAGUACGGCUGGUGCCUGAGCUUCACGCCGCACUGCCUGCGCGAGCUCGACGGGGCGACGGCGUUAGAUGUUUUUGUGAGGGAUUUGAAGGUCUGCGCGUCAAAGGCGCCGUCCCGGGCGUCGAACUCUAUCGUCUCGAUCUUAAUGAAGGGUGGCGCCGAAGAGCCGUGGCUGUUCUCGUUCCUGCGUGGAAAUCAAACUUUUCGGCGCGUUCUCGGCCCCCACGCCGUCGUCAUGACGUCGACGGGACUCGAUUCCAGGAAUGAUGGCCGGGGGUGGUUUCUUUUUCGAUUUUGAGCCGAUGCGGACCGCGUCGGGGCCGGGUUCCGAGAGUACUGGUGAAAGGUCGAGAAGGGCGGUGGCGCGCGUCGUGCGUCGGUGGCGCGCGGUCGGGGGACUCCCGGCGUCGCACCGACGUUGUUGGUGUGUCUUGGGACCCCUAUCCCGUGCCGUCGGUGGCCGCCGUCGCGGCGUCGUCCGUCGCCCGGCACGCCAUCGACGCGACGCCUGCUCGAUGGCGUGGCGAUGCCGGUCCUCACCGCUCGACCGAGCCAGGACGGCCGCGUCAUCGCCGAGAAUGACUUAGUGAAGAAUUGUCGGGUGCACCCGACUCUGGUUGAUUUCCACACAGGUUCUCGUUUUUGUGGGCGCCGGGGCUCGGACGGGCAACGGGCUCGCUCAUUUUGCGGCGGCUCUUCACGCGGCUGCUCGACGCGGGCGUGGGGAAGCCUCGGUGUAGGAACCCCGCGGCGGUGCUCGCGGUGUGGUGCUUGCUUUUCGUCGUCGCGUUGUUGGCGUUUGCGCGGCUGUUUUCUUCGUAACUUUAGGAACUG